CGGAAAGCUGGGGGCGGUGCUCUGGGCCGUGGAGGGCGGAGGGUGGUGGCAGCGCUGGCGCUGGGGACCGGCUCGGUGGCUUCGGCAAACAGUUUGGCGCCGGCAGCCGCCGGCCUCCCUCCGCAGCUCGCCCUCGACACGGCUCGCAGCCUCCUCGCCGCCGGCAGCCCGCAAUGUGGCCCACCGUGCGGGUGUAGCAGCUGCGCGUGCGCGGAACCGCGGGGCCAUGAGCGAAGCCGGCGGCGGUCGGGGCUGUGGGUGCCGGGUCCCCCAGCGAGCGCCAUGGAGCCUGGUGGCAGCGACGGCCUCUCUCUGCCUGGUAAACACCGAGCACACAGUCUUUAUCAAAAUGGCCACGUCCGUGUGCACGGCGAGGGCCGCGCCCAUGAGUAGGGAAGAGAAGCAGAAGCUUGGAAAUCAAGUCCUGGAAAUGUUUGAUCAUGCUUAUGGCAACUAUAUGGAACAUGCUUACCCAGCUGACGAACUCAUGCCUUUAACCUGCAGAGGCCGUGUCAGAGGCCAGGAGCCGAGCCGGGGUGAUGUAGACGAUGCCUUGGGAAAGUUUUCCCUAACACUGAUUGAUUCUUUGGAUACUCUUGUGGUUUUAAACAAGACUAAGGAAUUUGAAGAUGCCGUGAGAAAAGUCCUAAGAGAUGUUCAUUUAGAUAAUGAUGUGGUUGUGUCAGUGUUUGAAACAAACAUCAGAGUUCUUGGGGGUCUUUUAGGUGGACACUCACUGGCGAUCAUGCUGAAGGAAAAAGGUGAAUACAUGCAGUGGUACAAUGAUGAGCUUCUCCAAAUGGCUAAGCAGCUGGGCUACAAACUCCUACCAGCUUUCAACACUACCAGCGGCCUUCCUUAUCCCCGAAUUAAUUUAAAGUUUGGCAUCAGAAAGCCGGAAGCCCGGACAGGAACUGAGACAGACACCUGUACAGCCUGUGCAGGGACCUUGAUCCUUGAGUUCGCUGCACUGAGUCGGUUCACAGGAGCGACAGUAUUUGAGGAAUAUGCAAGAAAAGCUCUUGAUUUUCUCUGGGAAAAAAGACAACGAAGUAGCAAUUUAGUAGGCGUGACUAUCAAUAUCCACACUGGAGACUGGGUGCGCAAAGAUAGUGGAGUUGGAGCAGGGAUUGAUUCAUAUUAUGAGUAUCUGUUGAAAGCCUAUGUCUUGCUUGGAGAUGACAGUUUUCUGGAAAGAUUUAAUACACAUUAUGAUGCCAUAAUGAGGUACAUUAGCCAGCCACCUCUCCUACUUGAUGUGCACAUCCAUAAACCCAUGCUGAAUGCUCGGACCUGGAUGGAUUCUCUGCUUGCCUUUUUUCCAGGGUUGCAGGUUUUAAAGGGUGAUAUUAGACCUGCUAUUGAAACUCAUGAAAUGUUAUACCAGGUGAUUAAAAAACACAAUUUUCUACCAGAGGCAUUUACUACAGAUUUCAGGGUCCAUUGGGCUCAGCACCCUCUAAGGCCAGAGUUUGCAGAAAGUACCUACUUCUUAUAUAAAGCUACAGGAGACCCUUACUACCUUGAAGUAGGAAAAACACUUAUUGAGAAUUUGAAUAAGUAUGCUCGAGUGCCUUGUGGAUUUGCUGCCAUGAAGGAUGUCCGCACUGGGAGCCACGAGGACAGAAUGGAUUCGUUCUUCUUGGCCGAGAUGUUUAAAUAUCUCUACUUGUUAUUUGCUGACAAAGAAGACAUUAUUUUUGACAUAGAAGACUACAUCUUUACAACAGAAGCUCAUCUGUUGCCCCUUUGGCUCUCCACCACGAAUCGCAGCAUCUCCAAGAAGAACACAACCUCGGAAUACACAGAACUGGAUGAUAGUAAUUUUGAUUGGACUUGUCCAAACACUCAGAUUCUUUUUCCUAAUGAUCCAUUGUAUGCUCAGAGCAUCCGUGAACCCUUGAAAAAUGUGGUGGAUAAGAGCUGUCCAAGAGGCAUCAUCAGAGUAGAGGAGAGUUUCAGAAGUGGAGCUAAACCUCCUCUGAGAGCCAGAGACUUUAUGGCCACUAACCCUGAACAUUUAGAAAUCCUGAAGAAGAUGGGGGUGAGUUUGAUUCACCUCAAAGAUGGGCGAGUCCAGCUGGUCCAACAUGCAAUCCAAGCUGCUAGUUCCAUUGAUGCUGAAGAUGGGCUGCGGUUCAUGCAGGAGAUGAUUGAACUGUCAAGUCAGCAACAGAAAGAGCAGCAGCUACCUCCCCGAGCUGUACAAAUUAUCUCCCACCCGUUUUUUGGCAGAGUAGUCUUAACCGCUGGACCAGCUCAGUUUGGGCUGGAUCUAUCUAAACAUAAAGAGACAAGAGGAUUUGUUGCAAGCAGUAAACCAUACAAUGGUUGUUCAGAGCUCACUAACCCUGAGGCAGUGAUGGGAAAGAUUGCCUUGCUACAAAGAGGACAGUGCAUGUUUGCAGAAAAGGCACGCAACAUCCAGAAUGCCGGGGCCAUCGGUGGCAUUGUUAUUGAUGAUAAUGAGGGGAGCAGCAGCGACACCGCCCCCCUGUUCCAGAUGGCAGGCGAUGGCAAGGACACGGACGACAUCAAGAUUCCCAUGCUCUUCCUGUUCAGCAAAGAAGGCAGCAUCAUCCUGGAUGCCAUCCGGGAGCACGAGGAGGUGGAGGUGCUCCUUUCUGACAAAGCCAGAGACCGAGCAGCAAUAUUAAAAGGUAAAAUGAUUCCAAGCUACAUUAUUAACAGUAAUCCUGAAUUGGAGAAUGAAGACCAGCCGUCUUCUGAAAAGGACUCUCAGAAUCAAAGUACAGAACAGGUACUGUCCCUUCCUCCGACAGUUGACCUGGUUGAUCAAGAGACCCCUGAAAACCCUCUAGAUUAUCACUCAGAGUCUUCGUCUCCAGCAGACAUUGAAGAGGCUGCUGGCUUUGCCCCUUCUGAACAGAUAUCUAGUUCCACAGAAAGCCUUGAGACUACAAGUCUUGAUGGUGAAUGUACAGAUUUAGAUAACCAACUUCAAGAACAAUCAGAAACUGAGGAAGAUUCCAAUCCUAAUGUUAGCUGGGGUAAAAAGGUCCAGCCUAUAGACUCCAUAUUAGCAGACUGGAAUGAAGAUAUAGAAGCAUUUGAAAUGAUGGAGAAGGAUGAACUCUGACUCUGGUGGUAGAUAUUUAAAAAGAAGAGGUAAACUGUGGUUUUUGAUAACCUAUACCAAGCAGGCGCUCCUGGGAGGCUCUGAGCAGUGCUCAAGGCACGUUCUGACUGGGGUAAGUAGUUACCGUGGGAAUCUGGAGCAUGCUGUGUUAGAGCUGACCUCACCAAAACUGUCCUAUCCAAAGUGGAAACUCACCCCCUCAAAUGAUGGUAUUGCAUACCCUGCAGCCCCAGGCCAGGGGAGGAUGACUGGCCAUUCCCGGGUAGACAAGAAAGGAACUCAGCUGACGGGAAGUGGGGCCUUGAGCCAGUGCAGCUUUCUAACUGAAGGGAGCUUCACCGCCUUGGGUUUGGGCUCAGAAGCUCUCCUGAGAAGAUUUGAAUGAUUGUUGUGGUGUUCUGGCCUUGCUGCCUUCACAGGAACACUUUAAGUGACCUACAGCUUAUGAAGCAGAUGCAUUUCAUAGUAACAACUGUUUCUGCUCAUUGCUUUCACCUGCUUCAUUCAGUGAGAGACAGUCAAGAUGACUUGACUGCUUUCUCUCCCAUCAAUGCCCUUGCAUUUAAACCAAAGGUGAGGCCAGUGUACUUUCUCCAGUGAGUUUUCCUAUCAAGACUUACUGUGGGGCCAGGAAGAGGGUCAUAUAGCUACAGUGGGAACUGUUGCUACCGGGGUAAAGAGCGAGAAAGAUAAACUAUAAUAUUGCAAUAUCAACUUCCCAUUGGCCAAAGGGGAAGCUGUGACUACUCUAAGUGGAAAUCAGCAUUAGAUCCUUGGGGGUGGAUUAUUUGUCUUUUCCAGUCCAUUUUUCUUAAGGUGGUUCUGUAGCCAUCAGCCUUACUCCAUCCCAUGUUUAGUAUCCAGUUUGAGCCAGAAGGCUCAUCCUAAGCCUUGUUCCAUCUCCCUAUCUUAUAGAGCCAUGAUAAACCAUAGUAGUGGUCUGCAACCCCGGGGUGAUUACCACCUUUCUGCUUGAAGCCAGUCUCGAACAUCACACCUAAGGAGUCUGUCACAUUUUCUGUUGAAUCAUGGAUUUAGGUUUAUUUAAUUUUGUUUUAACAAAUACUCCUACUGAUGUGGACUUGAAAAUUAGCCCUUGGUGACCUGUGUUAAAAAAAAAAAAACAAAAAAAAAAAACCCACAAAAACAACUA